UUGACUGCCAGCGACAUCUAGUGUGCUUCUAUGUGUUUACUCGUUACAAUCAAUUACACCGGCAUGGUUUCUCCCAAACAAAUUACGAACCAAUCAAAUCGUGACUAUAGUCGCCAUUCUCCGGAUGUAAACAGAAGUGUAUUGUAUGGAUUUUAAACAAAACUCGAGUGAAAAUGUCUUUACUAAAGCGCAAAUUAAGAGUUUUGCCGAAAGCAAAGCGGGCUUUGAUACUCUUAGCCUUAACAGAAACGCUGGAAACGAUUGAAAUUAGGAGAAAACGUUCGUGUUGGGUUAAAUCUUGGUGUAACGAAAAACGGCGUGAAAAUCAAAGUUGUUAUAUUCAAUUAAUGAACGAAUUAAGAUUAUCCAAUGCAGAAAGUUAUAGAGGUGAUGUACGAAUGGAUAUAGAUACUUUCCAUAGUAUUUUAAGCAAAAUAGAACCUGAUAUAAUGAAACAAUAUACGAAUAUGCGUAGCCCCAUUUCUGCUGGUGAACGACUUUCCUUGACACUCCAUUACCUUGCAACAGGUGAAAAAUAUCAAGGUUUAAAGGCCCAAUUUGGAAUAGCAGUCAGCACGCUUUCGGGUAUAGUGAGAGAGGUUAUGGAUGCUAUUUAUAAUGCCUAUCAUAGUGAAUAUAUGAAGAUUCCAACAACUGAAAAUGAAUGGAUUCAAAUAGCUUCGGAAUUUGAAGACGCUUGGCAAUUUCCGCACUGUGUAGGUGCCAUUGGAGGAAGACACGUGCGAGUGAAGCAUCCGGAAGAGGCUGCCUCGGCUCUUCCUGAUUACAAAGGUUUCUAUGGUAUUGUAACUAUGGUUAUUGUAAGAGCAGACCUUUCUUUUGUUUUUGUUGAUGUUGGUACUUAUGCCAGACAGAGAGAUUCUAUGGUUUGGGGUGCAACUACAUUGAAGACUUUAAUUGAAAGUGGAGAGUUAAAUAUUCCUCCUGAGGCAUCACUAGAAAGUGGAGAAUGUUCUUUGCCAUAUGUGUUUAUUGCAGAUGAAGAAAUAGAAAUGACUUCAUGCAUACUCCAGCCAUACUCAUAUAGACAAGUGACAGCUCAGAAACAGUUAUUUAACUUCAGACUCUUAAGAGCAAGAAAUGUGGUGGAAAAUGCAUUUGGCUUGCUUGCCAAUGCUUGGAGAAUUCUAAACAAUACAAUUUUGUUUCCUCCGGAUAAGGUCAAAAAAAUAAUUUUGACUUGUUGUAUUUUGCAUAAUAUCCUCAUCAGAAGAAAAGUUGCAUGUUAUUUAAAAUGUAUAAAGUUUAACAGAAAUACAGAAACACAGCCUUUUCUAUAUUAUAAAAGGGAUCAAAAUGCAAAGAUACCUACUCAGGAUACAGAAUUGAUAAGAGACAAAUUUACCAAAUAUUUUAAUAGGACAAAGUGAAUGAUUUGAUGAAUAAUUUGUGAAAUGUGAAACAGCUAAUGUAUUUAUUAAAAAAUAUAUAUAUAUAUAUAUAAUUUAAAAUAUAUUCUUUUAUUAUACAAAAUAAAUAAUUA